AUGCCGGUCAAUCCCAUGAAUGUGCACAAUAGCACUGUGAUCGCCGAAGAACUCAAUGUUGUAGCCACUGGCACAAUGACAAAAGCUACUUUUGAGAGCGGAAAAUUAUGCAGACAAAGGCGGCGAUCAGCCAGGGAGAAGAAGAUGGCCUUCGAAAUCAUGGCCUAUCGACCAGUCUAUACUCCUCUAUGGUGCGGUCCUUGUUUCCGCCAGCGUCACGAUACCAUUCUGGCCGUACACCGACUCUAUGUGGGCGAGCUUUACGCCCAAGCUGAAUGCGGGGGGUGGUCCAACCGUAGCAUCGAACAGGCCAUAAGAAGAUGUUACCAGCAGGAAGACAAAGAGAUCGAAUGCUUCUUAGCCGCUGUUGAGGAGGCCGAGAGUCACAAUGCGAGACUACACAGUGCAAGGAGGAAGGCACAUCAUGGGAACAGCGAUGAAGAUGAGUACGAGAGCGACUCAGAGGACAAUGAUGAUGAUGUUGACGAGUCCGACAACGAGACCGAAGGGGGCUCGACUUUGAACAUCACAAGCUGCGGGCCGCGGCAUUACAUUGAACUCGACGAUGAGAGCAGUGGCAGCGACAGUGAAGGGUCACCAGCUCGCAUGCUCUUGCAUUAA